UCGUUAAACAGCGGCUCGUCCCCGCUGAGUAUGCGGACGAACAACACCGACGCCGACGCGAGGGCCGCGGGCGGGCAGCGCCUCGUGUAGGGGAAGCAGCGAUGUCUCUGCGGCGCCUCUCCGUCGCCGUGGCUCUGUGCGCCGCGUGGUUCCUGUCCGACUGCACGCCGACUCAGUGCGUCUUGUGCGGCCUCUUUUGUUUCGCCGCCCCGCUGUGGCUCGUGAGCACUCGGCGCGAGGGCAGCACUCAAACCGACGAAGGGUCGAGUGCACGUCCGCUCCAGGAGCCCGUGGUGGGAGAGUUGUCUGGUGACUUGUCCCAAAGGCACCCUGAACCACCCGAGUCCCAGUAUCCACUCGUGAAGGCGUCCCUGCAGCAAGUGUUCGAGUGCGCCUACGCCCAGCUGCUCCUGCCUUGGUACGGCGUCGCCGAGCCUCGUCGGCGCCAGCCCCUGCACCAGGUGCUCGGCGGGGAGUUCGACUUUGUGAUCGACCGCAUCGUCGAGCGAGCCGAAGGCUUCGACGUUUGCCAGGCGGUCGUGGGCUGCGUUCGUAUUUUGACUCAGCACUUGCAUAACGCGAAGCAGUCUGACAGAGAGCCCUCGUUGAGCUCGAGAGCGGAGGAGGUCGCGGCUCUCCGGAAGUGUUCCGACGCUCUAUUGCGUAACCUUUUCCACGAAUCUCUCUGGGGCCACGAGGUCAACCGCUGUGCCUUGACUGAGAUCAUAGCUUUAAAGGGGCUCGGUCUGCUGGUGACGUGGCUGUCGGACCCCGACACGCUCAACCAGCUGGUGGUGAGCCAGCUGGACAGCGUGACCCCCACGGGCUCCGUGGAGGAGCUUUGUGGAUCCGACUCGGAUCGAACCUCUCCGGCUUCAGAGGAGGGCGAAGGCCGGGACGAGAGCUUGGAGGGAGCAGCAAUUUCAACCGGCAAAGGGAUCACAACCAAAAGAAAAGCUAACAAGUUGAAAGAAGGGUGGUCUAAAUUUGUGCACAAAGUGAAGUGCAAGACGGAAAAGGACAAGAGGAAAACGAAGAAGAAGAUGAAGACCGUGGAGCAGGAACUGAUUCUCAGGGUAAUGGCGAUGCAGGGAGACGCGUCCAGCGAGGGCUCCGUCGGCAGCAGGAACGGCUCCGUCCUCGGCCUGCAGGACUCUGACAGGGACGACAGUGAUCUGGAAGACUACUUGACGGGCGUGCAAGAGAACAUGAUGGAAUUCAAGCUCUCGUAUGAGAUGUGGCGCGUCGGCCGCUGGGCUGUCAGCAUCCCUCACGCCGACUGGGAGGAAGACGAGCUUAUCUUCACGGUGCACCUGGAGGAGGAGGAAAGCCCUGAGAACCUCCAGUGGGACAUCAGGAAGACCUACAUGGAUGUUAUACACUUCCGCAACAGAUGGCAGGACUCAACUAGUUUACCUACAAUCCUGGCGCUCGAGGGGUCCAAGGGUGAGUGCGAGGAAGAAACCAGAAUAUCAGUGGAGCAAUUUCUUCAGACGUUGGUAUCGGAUAAUCUCAUCGGCCUCACCCAACCAGUUUUCCAGUUCCUCUGUCCUCUCGACAAACUGCUGAAUGAGGAAGAACACAAUGGGGGCGUGUGGGGCCUUCUGAGCGGCUUGGCUUACUUCCUCACGCCGGGUCAAGAGGAAGAGGAGAACUUGAGCCCUCAAACGGAAGCGCCUAAAGAAAUGGAAAGACCAGAAACCCCCGAUGCCUUUACCGAGGCAUCGGUACUCCAAGGCUGUGAAGUUCCUGGUUCUUCGAUCCCAACUUUUGUGAUCUCCCAGCAUGGUUCUCCUCCGGAAUGGCCCGAAGAAGCAGGAACUCCCUCCGCUGUCUGCUCCGACUCUUCCAACGGAAACGGUUCCAAAGAUAAAACUGAGGACUCCGAUAAUCUCUUGACCUUUCACCUAAAAAACAUGUUCAAAGGACUGACCCGAUCCAGGUCGCUGGACUCUCUGGCCUCGACAAAAAACGCCAGCGACGAAGGCUCGCCCGAGUCCGACCCGUCGGCUCACAGCGGCCGGAAUGGGGACUCUCAGGAGAGGCCUGAAGGCCUGUCGCUGCUUCACUUCAGCAGCUGGUCCAACAAAAAAGAGCGACCGUGUUUCAAGAUCUCAGGUGGAGCCGUCAAGGCGAAGGGGAAGCACCCGGGCACUUUGUCAAGAGGCGAGGACUCCCAGGGUCAGAAGAGCCAAGUCAACUGGGAGCAGCUGGAGGCCACCAAAGCCAUUUUUGAUCUGCUGAAAGAAAUAUCUGGGAACUCCAUCCUCAUAAACAUAUUUGAUGCCAUUUUGAAACCCGUAAUGCCAAUCUUGAAAAAAAAAGUGAACGCUUUCCUGAACAAGAUGAACCCGACAGAGGUGCAAAUGGCCGCAUUAAUAGACGCCAUGCGGGGAAAAACAGUGGCCAGAUAUUAAGCCGGCAGCUCCUCCUGCUCCUCUCCCUCCUCGUACUGACGAGCAGAAGAACGAGACGAGGGAAAGGGCGCACAACCUAAUCAACGCCAAAUAUUCAAACUACCUCGUCCUGAAGAAGACUGACGUGGAGACGGUUUUUAAUAUUUUUCAGAACAGAAAAGAAAACAAACUGCUGCUCCAUAUGCUCCUGACAUUCCUAUUGAAAGAAUUUCUCCCCAAUGAGAAUUCCCUAAAUGUGAGUGCCACUGCCCCAUAGACAGUGAUGUCCACCAACUGAUUUGUGAAUGUCUUUUUUAAUGGUACUUUCUCAAUUUGUUUUAGAAUGUAAAAGUAUUUAUUAAACAUUUCAAUGCCUUAAAAUAUUUCUGAUUAUCUGUAUCACUGUCAAACAUUACUGUAAUCUUUACCUCGAACAUUCUGUCAAUAUUUCUGGGAAUUUUGUAUAGUCGAACUGAAGAAAACCAUAUUUCAUUUUUACUUUUUGAAUUUCACUGCUCACAUCUCGAUGUAAAACAUUUUUUUACAUUUUCUAAAAACUUGUCACUUUGAGCACUUUUGCGAGGUGAGUGUUUAUUUUCUAAAUUUUAAGGCAUAACGUUUUAUGCAAUAUGUUGGUACCGUUAUCAAAAGACUCAAGUUUUUCAAAUAAAAUGUUUUAAUAAA